AUGGGGAACUGCAUCGACUCGGAGAGGCCGGCGACGUGGGUGGACGAGGAGGACGAGUGGGAAUCCCAAAGCCCAAGCUGGCGCCACGAGAGGCAGAGAGAAGGCAGGAUCAGUUUACUAAAUAGGUCGGAGGAGGAGGUGGAAGAAGAGAACAGGAGGAAGAGGACUGCGACGACAAAGAUCAAGAUCAAAGUAAGCAAGAAGCAAUUAGAGGAGCUGCUGCAUCAGGUCAACGGCGAUCGGCCGGUGGCGUUCCGGCGAAUUCUGGCGGAACUGGCGAGUGAAUCGUGGAGGGAGGCCCGCCGUGAGCAAGAAGAUCAGGCCGGGCAUUGGAGGCCAGAGCUGCAAAGCAUACCGGAAGUGCCUGAGUGA